AACUACAGCGACCUCUUCGUUAUUUCAGACACAAUGUCAGCGUCGGCGGCCCGUGGUUCCACAUCCCUGUUAAAACGUGCCUGGAACGAGAUUCCCGACAUUGUUGGCGGAUCCGUCUUGGCAAUCGCUGGUCUUGUUAUGGCUGGCGUCGGUGUGGCUAACUACUAUGCCAAGGAUGGUGAUAAUCGUCGCUAUAAGCUCGGCUAUGUCGUCUUCCGUGACACGGAUCCGCGUGCCCAGAAAGUGCGCAACGACGAGGAUGAUUAAACAUCAAAAACGAACUCUGUGAAUUUCUCCUCAUAGUUUUUUUUUUGUUUUUGUUGUUCUCCAACGUAACGCGCUGCCGCAAAUGCAAAACAAACAAUAGUAAAUAGUAAACAGUAAAAAGAAAACUAAACUAAUAGUUAAUUUCUACA